ACAGAACACAACAGACGAGAAGAUCUUCCUCUCAGCCUCUCAGUCAAGGAAUAUUUGAAAAAACGAUUACAAGAUGGAGUUAAAGGUGCUGUUCACCUUCAUAUAUUCCUCUGUUUUUCUGUGCGUCCUUGGAAGUCAUGAGCCCAAAACUCCUGAUGUCACAGAUCUGGCCUUCAAAAAUAUUGACUUUGCCAUGAAUCUCUAUCGCAAGAUAUCAAGUUAUCAUGACAAAAAUAUCUUUUUCUCACCACUGAGCAUUUCCACAUCUUUCGCCACGCUCUUACUGGCCGCCAAGGGCUCGACACGCACUCAGGUGAUGAAGGGACUGAAUCUGGACGCUCUGGACCGGACUGGAAACGCCACGCUCAUCCCGCAGCUCUUUGAUCAGCUGCAGAAGAACAUCUCUCAGGACGGGAAACUGCACAUGGAGCAGGGCACGGCACUCUUCGUAGACGAGCGUUUUAAUGUCGAGAGAGACUUCAGCGAUCAGAUCAAGACGUUCUUCGGUGCCGAUGUGAACAAUGUGGAUUUCAGUAAGACCGAGCUCAGCAAGAGCACCAUCAACGAGUAUGUGAGCAGAAAGACCGGAGGAAAAGUGAACCAAAUGGUGACGAGCAUCGAGCCGCUGACGCAAAUGAUGAUCCUCAACACCAUUUUCUUUCAAGGUGACUGGGAUCGUCCCUUCGACCCCAACAGCACAGAAAUGAGUCGCUUCUAUGUGGACAAGUACAACAUCGUUCAGGUGCCCAUGAUGGUGAAGGAGGACAAGUUCUCCACGACUGAAGACCCGGAGCUUCGUGCUCGAGUGCUGCGUCUGUCAUAUCGCGGCGGAGCGGCGCUGCUCAUCGUGCUUCCCGACGCAAUGGCCGACUACACCGUCAUCGACGACGAGAUCAGCGCGGAGCGAUUCCAGCACUGGAUCAAGAACAUGAGACGAAUAAAAAUGGAAGUUCAUCUGCCCAAGUUCAAGAUGGAGCAGUCGUAUGACUUGCAUGAGAUCCUUCCACAUCUGGGCUUCAGCAGCGUUUUCCUCCAUUCAUCCAACCUGACGGGUCUGAGCAAAGACGCUCAUCUGAGAGUCUCACAGGUGCUGCAUAAAGCUGUCAUCGAGGUGGAUGAGAAGGGCACGACCGCAGCCUCUGCCACAUCGGUGGGAAUCACAGCUUACUCUCUGCCAGCCACCUUCAUCGUCAACAGACCCUUCUUCUUCUUUCUGUACCACGAAGCCACUUCUAGCCUGUUGUUCAUGGGCCGAGUGAUUGACCCCACACAGAGCUGAGCUGUGGAGAAACACACACGCUAACAGACUGAUAGUUCAGAGAGAAAACAUUACCAAACAUGCAGAAAUAGUGCACUCGGUUAACACUGUGUGGAAAAUGAACACAUUGUAUUGUAAGAAAUAAAGUGUGAAAAUAGUGCUA